AUGUCGGGAGCGUUCCCAACUGGGGUGCCGAACCUAUUCACCUCGCCUUUCGCGGCAUUCCCGGCGAGGAGCUUAUUUCAUUCUACUGAGCGCCCGGCGGAGGGCGGCUGCGCCUUCACACACGAAGAUCGACUUAUGCUGCAGCUGUUGUACCAGCAGCAACAGGCCCUACAGAUUCAGCUCCAGUCCAUGGCGUUGUCGAUGCAGCAGCUCCAUCUGACACUGGCCGGACUUUGCAAACUGCCCGCGGCGAUGGAGGCCUAUGGAACGACAGUUAAUAGCACAAGCCCUGCAUCAAACCUCCCCAACUUUGUUGCAACGGAGGCGCAGUCAUCGUUUAAUAAUACCGCCGAUGCAGCGAUGGCACCGCAGCGGCAGACAGCAAAGGAUCCGCAAGGGGGGGAUGCAGCUAUAGACACACAAGCAUCACGUGGGAAGGAGGUGUCGUGCUCUUGCACACCUCCCCGAGAAGAAUUAGACUUCUCACGCCAUAGCGCAAUGAAUCAAUCCACGGAAUCUGCGGCUCCGUGGGACCCCUCUGCCAGCUCACGCCAAAGUAGUGUUAUACGCAUGGCACGUGGAGAGAAUCCUCUCUUGUCCUCUAUGCGAGGCAAGUUGCCAACCCCCAACCACUCUGUUGCAGGGUCCGUUUCGGCCGGAACAGGGUAUAGUGCGAGCGCAAACGUCAGCGGAUCUCUAGAGGACCCAAGGUCGUCGUUUCGUCCCGCCAUUUAUCAGACCUCCUCUUUGUCUCUCCAUGCUGAUCCUGAAGCCAAGAACGUAGCCGCAGCUGGGCAAACCGUGCCCGGGGCUCACCACCACCAGCAGCAGCAGCGUGUUGUUUUAGACAAUCGUAAGACGGAUCCAGCGGGGCGUUCACAUUCCAGCGCCGAGGCGGUGUCGUUAAUGAAUAGGCGCUAUGAGGAACUUCGCCAUGCACGGCCAAGGAACGCUGCCUGUGACAAACAAUGUCGUGGAGAAAAGGAGGAACACGGUGAUACAAGCCUGUCCGCGGCUGGCUACGACUCACAGAGCGAUGGCUACGGGAGCUACGAAACGAGACAGUAUCUCAAAAAUGUGGGGAUCAUCUGA